AUGGUUCCCCUACCCGACAGACAGGGAGCGGAACUAGAUUUGCUUUCAAACCACGAUUGUUCAAACGUGGGUACUGUGUGUUUCGAGGAGAGGGUACAUCUUGGAACAUGGUGGGUACAUAUAGCUGCCGUUCAUACACAAGACGUCAGGAUAAUGGGCGUCGGCUUAGAGGGCACACAAAUUCUUUCACAGGAUUUUUUGGCCGGAAUGAGGACAUGUUACGGCGACCAUGGGGCCCGGUGGGUGACCAUGGCCGUAUUGGGGGUGCCGAACGUGGGAGGCACACCACCCAACGAUCCCGGAUGUCCGACAGCGAGCGCUCAUCUGAGGGGCUCGGCCUGGCCGCUGGUAGCCGAACACUCGUGGUGGAGUGCGGUGGCCGAAGGAGAGACACCGGACGUACGGUACCACGGGCAGGCUGAGGUACCGCUGCCUCAGCCCUCCGGGAAUGCCUGGCGCGAUCCUUCGAUGUCCGAACCUUUGUUGGAAACCUGGCCUGAUGAGCCUGUAGUGGAAGCCGGGCCAGAAGCAUCGAUAGAGGCCCCGUUCGACUCCGAACUGAUGGAAAGCUUGUGGGAACCGUUAACACUUGCCUGCCUUGGGCCUUUGAUGGCAGUCCCGCCGGAACCUUCGGAGGAAACCAGCCCAAUGCCGGUACUGGAAGCUCAGUCGGAACCGUUGGUGGAAGACCGGCAAGAACCGCUGCUGGCGGUGUCGGCCGAACCUUUGGUAAAACCCUUGUCUGAGCUUGUGAUGGAAGCCUGGCCUGAUCCUGUGAUGGAGACCCCGUCGGAGCCCUUGACGGAAGUCCCAGAAGAAUCGCCCGUGGCGGUCUCGUCGGAACGUUUAAUGGAAGCCGGGCCUGAUCCUGUGAUGGAGGAGACCUCGUUAGAACCAUUGAUGGUUAUCUCGGAUGACUCUCUGACGGAGGUUUUGAGGGGAGCCUGGUCAGAACUUUGGGGGCAACCCUGGUCGAUGCCUGUCAUGGAGCCAUUGAUAGAAAGUUCGAGAGAACGGUUGGGGGAAGUGCGGCCUGAACCUUUGGCAGUAACCCCGCGGCGGAAACCAUUGGUGGAAGGCCUGCAAGAACCACUGCUGGCGGUGUCAGCCGAACCUUUGGUGAACUCCAUGUCAGAGCUUGUGAUGGAAGCCGGACCCGAUCCUCUGAUGGAGGCCGCUUGUGAGCUAUCGACGAACGUGUGGGAACCGGCGGUGGGGCCUUCAGAAAAAACAUGUUCUGGAUCUGCCGCGGACGCCUGGUCUGGGAUUUGGGCGAAGGCCCCGUGGGAACGAUCGAUGGGGGCCUCGAAGGAACCGCUAGUGGGACCUUUAACCGAAGCGUCUCCUGCGCAUUCCACGGAAAGCUGGGUUGGGACUAAGUUAGUCGCUUCCGUGUUGAAGGAGUGCCUGGAGAAGGAGAAGGACAACGAACCCGUGCUGAGACCAAACGAGCAACUGAAGGUGGUGAGCUUGGCUAAAACAGGUCUCCUGAGAGAGCUGAGUAAACAUACGAUGACUGACUUAUCGACUUCCGACCUGUCGAUUUCCGAUUUCGAGGGCUGUUCGUGGAGAUGGCUGAAAUUGGCAUUGUUGGUGCGUGAGUGGCAAGACAGGGAUCAAGGUGGCUUUACCGAAUUGAUUGAGAAAUUGGAGGCCUGGGUGCCGAGACCGGUUGGUUUAUCUGAAACCUGGUUUCUUGCUAACGUGAUGCAGAGGGUCAUCUCCAGCGGAUAUUUGACUCGUUGGUUGAGCCCUGCUGUGUCAUGGCAAGGUGGUUGGAAUUGCCAGAAAAUGGUUUAUCGAUUCUCCUUCCCGGAUGAAGUGGUUCGCUUGCCGGAGAAUGAGGAAUCCGUAAACCGAGUUUGUGCUUGUUCGAGGCUAUAUUGGUGGUUUCAUCAGGCUCAGAAAAAUAUUCGUAUUGACGAGGAGACCUGGAAGGCCCCGAAAACUCCAAAACCGGUCUUCACUGUUCAAGGAGUUUUGGGGAAGCCGGGAUUUGACGACGCCGUUACGGGAAUGAG